AUGCGUUUCUUUCGGUUCGUAAUUCCCAUCAAAUUAGAGGAUUUGAGUCAAUCUGACGGUCACUUCGAUGUCUAUUCCGUGCAAUUGGAGUACAACUGCCGCGAGAUCUCCCAUAAGCUCAACGACUGUUCCGAUCUGUUCCGCGCGAAUGGCAUUCACUUUAUCCUCGAAGACAAUAACUUCGAUGUCUUCUACAGUUGUCUGAAAAACUUCGGCCAAUUGGAGGCCAAACAUAGGGAGCAGUCGUGGAAACUGAUCGCCAAAUGCAUGGAUAAGUUGUACACAGAUUUGGAGGCAUUCGUGAACCGUUUGGAGGCCGAAGAGCGCAACAAUUACUGCAAUCUCUUAAAAAUGAUUGUUUAUGUCUUUUGCACUCUGAGUGAACUCUUCGAGGAACAGGACAUCAAACAGUCGGCCAAUCGUUUGGACGGCGAGAACGCCGGCAAAAAGGCUCACAAGAAGAGCAAACGCACCGAAGAGUCCUACGAUUGGCAGCACAACAAAGACAAAGGGAUGAGUGUUUUGCUGCGAAUGCUUUCACUGCCAUUACAUCGGGUCUUCAACCCUCCCAUCGUUGAGGACGAGUUCGUUAAGUAUGUGUUCAUUGGAUCCACUCAUUGGUCACGUUUUUGUCUGAAAUUAAUUCAAUUGAUUCAACAUAAGGAGCAAUUGGUGCCCAUAUUAGCCGUUUUGGUCGAAACAAUCGUUAAGAAACAUAACCAAAAACUAUUGAUCAGUGAAAUCAUACGUGAAAUCAAGAGAAUAGACAUCAAAGAGUUGUCGAGAGACUCGAGCGCUCCGCGAGCUAUCUCUACAUUUCUGGUCGAAGUGUCCGAUAAGUGUACGCAAGAGAUGUUGCCAUCGAUUAGUGAUUUGUUGGACUUUCUCGAAGAGGAGUCAUAUCUGAUGCGAAACGCAAUCCUUAGUAUUAUUGGGAAUCUAGUCAUCAAAGAGUUGAGUAAAGACGGCGCUAAAGAGCGUCAUCUUAGGGACGAAUUGCUCGACAAACUCGAGGACCACAUCCACGACACGAACAGUUAUACCAGAAGUCGAGCGCUCAAUGUUUGGUGUACUCUAUGUCAGGCAGAAGUUAUACCUCUUCCACGACUCGAGACAUUAAUCGAAGCCGUCAUCGGAAGACUUCGCGACAAAUCGUGUUUUGUUCGCAAAUAUGGCAUUCAGUUCUUGAAUCAGUUCUUAACUAAGAAUCCAUUCGCCGCCAAACUUCCCAUUCAUUUGCUUAAGACUUACCAUCAGAAGGAAGAGGAAAAACUGAAAGCAUUGAUGACUUUAGCCGAAGAGAAUGCCUCCGAACAGCCAAUGGGUGAUGAAAGGGUUGACAAAGAUUUACAACAAUUGAUAAACACUUGGAAUUCAAUUGAAUCGGAAUUUAUUGAGUUUUGGAAAGAAAUCGAAAGGACUUCUGAUGCGAGUUAUGACGAAGAAGACGAUCAGAUUGAAAACCAGACAAUUGUUUCCAAUUGUGAUGACAUCGAUGUUGUGUUUCACAGAUUCCGUACUCUUAUUACGGACAAGAAGUUCAAGAGUGCCCUCUCUUUGCUUAAGAAACUUAAGGACGAGUUUCCGGACAAUGAGAUCAUUACACCGACAGAAGUGGAGGCCAUGGAUGACAACGAGGAUAAUGAUAAUGACAGGACAAUAGAGGGUGACGACGAAGACGUGCCUAAUGGACACACAAAUACAGAUGAUGGCCCACACGAUCCUCCGCUUCCAGAGACCAUAGCUUUGGCUAAAAGAAUAUUUCUCGCCAAUGCAACCAAUGCUGACAAAUCGGCACUCGAUUUGGGCUCAAAGACUGUUGAGAGAGACAUUGAAAAGAUAGCGACUGUUUUGAUACAAAAUAGUCAACAGAACGACAACACUGAAGAGUCUGAGCCCAGACCCCGGACUACCACUAUAGAAGUGGCCAGACUUUCGACAGGCGCCGACUCAAUGGUCAAUGACAUCAGUCGACAACAGAUUCUCGUCAAGUAUUUGAGUGAUUGCAUCAAAUUCACGGAACAAAUUCAGAUCGCAAUCCCAUUGGUGUCCGACCUGUUGUUGUCACGCUAUGGAUCGGACAUUCAAGAAGCCAUUGAGUUCUUCGUGUCGGCCUAUAAGUUCGGAGUGACGGAUGCCAUCAGUGGUGUGCGAAAACUCAUUCUUCUGGUUUGGUCUCAAGAAAAGUCCAACAAAGACGCCGCCGUUUCUGCCUAUAAACGCAUUUAUUUAGACUUCGAGAGCGACGCUAGACUUGCGGACGCGUCCGAGAAAGUGAAGGCCUUUUCGGUGAUUAAGAGUCUCUCGGAGUUAGUAAUGGGCGCCACUUUAGGCGAACUCAUCUCUAUUGAACAGUUGCUCAAAGAGUUGAUGGACGCCAAGGAUAUCCAUCAGAUCCACAUUCAGGUGCUAUGGGAACGGUUUGCCAUGAAGUUAUCGAAUACCACUCCAGAGGAGAGUAGAGCUGCCAUUCAGUUGAUUGGAAUGUUGGCCACAUCUAAUGCAGAGCUCAUCCGAUCGGAUAAGAACUUGAAUGCAAUCAUAACCGAGGGUUUGGGUGAAAGGGGUCGCAAAGACUCGCGACUUGUGAGUGAAACGUGUGUUGCUUUAGGGAAAGCCUAUCGAAUACCAAAGACAGAUAGCGGCGACUUCUUCUUUCGUUUGCCCAAAAAUCACGAACUUUUCACUCAUUUGCGUUCUCUUCUGAUCAAUGGUUUGGAUAACUUGUCGGACAACUACUACGACAUGAUGUCCGACAAUAUAAUUAAAGUGAUGUUUCAAUUGGCAGAACAUCCCGACUCUCUGAGCGAGCAUUUGAUUAAAGAUCUACUGCUGAAGAUAUUAUCGUUGACUCAAAGCGAAGAACUAACGAAUGAAAUGCAAACCAUUUCUUUAGACCAACAAAACAAAGAGAAUUGCGAACAAAUGCAAAGUCAGGACACUAUUGAAGCGGACGUACAGUCGACUGUUUCGUCGCAACAAACCACUGAACAAUUGGUUUCGCAAACCAUUCACACCUCUCGUCUCCUGAACUCUGAAAUUCUGUCCCGUUUUAUAUCAAUCAUCGGAAACAUUGCUCUCAAUGUCUUGAUUCACAUCGAUUUGAAUAUUUUGACUGAACUUAAGAUAAGAAACUAUAUUAAGGAAGAAAAGGAUAAGAAAAAAGAUAAGACGCCCCGAAGGAAGUCCAGAACACCCGGUAAGACACCGGGAACUGUAGCCGGAGACCAGAACCUGGAAGAGGAGAUAGGACUGGCCGGCGCUAAUGCCAUGGAAGACCAGGAACAGGAAUAUCUGAAUAAUAUCUGCAAUAAUGAGCUCGUUUUUGGCAAUAACGUGUUGGCGCGUCUGAGCGAACUGGUGGUGAACAUAGCACAGGAUCGGGUGCUCUACUCAGACGUAAAGCUGCGAACCGCUGCGAGUCUUACAUUAGCUAAAUACAUGUGUCUGAGUGAGAACUUCUGUCGCUUGCAUUUAAGACUUUUGGCCACAAUUAUGGAUAAGUCCGAUGAAGCGGUCAUUCGCGCCAAUUCUAUCAUAGCUAUGGGCGACCUUUGCGUCCGAUUCCCAAACAUUUUAGACCAGUGGUCGGCGUUCAUGUUUCAACGACUACGCGAUACCGAUGUCAACGUCAAAAUGAAUACAUUGAAAGUGUUGUCGCGACUCAUCCUCACAGAUAUGGUCAAAGUGAAGGGUCAGAUCAGUGAGAUGGCUGUCCUUAUGGUCGACAGCAAUGACCAACUCUUCUCGCACUCCAGACUAUUCUUCACGGAAUUGGGUAAAAAACAGAAUGCCAUUUACAACGUAUUGCCUGAUAUUAUCAGUCAUUUGUCGGACACUGAGAACGGUUUAUCGGAACCAAAGUUCCAGGAAGUCAUGAAAUUUAUAUUUGAUUUGAUCGAAAAGGACAGACAAACCGUAUGUCUGGUCGAGAAGUUAUGCCAACGAUUCCGGUCCACAACAGAUGAGCGUCAGUGGAGAGAUUUGGCGUAUUGUCUCAGUUUAUUGAACUUUUCUGAGCGAUCUUUCCUGAAAUUAAACGAAAAUCUCAUUUGUUUCGCGGAUAAGCUGUGCUGUGAUUUCGUCCACAAUUGCAUUCAAAUUAUUAUAGCGAACGUCCGAAAGAUAGCGAACGCCAAGAAUGAGACCAAACAACUGAUCGAUGAGUUCGAGCAGAAGGUGAACGAGUGUUGCACUAAAGGCGUCAACGAAGACGACUCCGAGUACCAGAAAGUGGUGGGAACGCCACCCUCGGCCGCCAAACGCCAGUCCAAACUGCACUCCACUUCCAAACUGCACUCCACUUCGAAACGCGCCGUAAUGUCAUCCAAGCGGAAGGGCACGCAACCCAAUAAGUCGAAGAGGAAAGCCGUCUCCAAGGGCUCCGAAGAGGAGGACACCGACGAUGAGGUUUCGUCGAACAAACGCGUGGCCUCUGGAUCUCAGCGCAAAGAACGGCCUCAAAGGGGCGCUAAAAAACAACUUCCAAUCAUAUCAUCCGAUGAGGAGGACAGCUCUUCAUAACCAUUUUGGACACACUUUUAUUAAGAAUUUAUUAACUUAAACACAUUUGACACACAGUUAUGUAGCCAUUCAUCUCUUUAUUAAACUAUUCGU